UUGGACAGAGGCUGGGCCGGGCGAGCUGGGCUGCCUUUAAUUGGCUCCUUUUUUUAACUGGAGGGGAAUCAAACAGGAGAGCGAGCGACAAAGGGUGGGAGAGCGAGAGACCGAUCGCGGAGAUGGGAGGAGGGAGAGAGGGAGGAGGGAGAGAGGGAGGCGGGGUGGUGGUGGUGGUGGGGAGGAGGAGGUGGAGGAAGCGCGGAAUGAAAAGCUCGGAGGGACCAGAAAGCAGCACAGCGAAGCCCAAGUUGCCGAGCGAGCGGAGCGCUCUCGCGGCCCCGGAGCCCGAGUGGCCGCCGUGCCCGGGAGCCCGGCCCGGCCCCGCCCGCUUGGGCCCCCUCGGGCCCAGGCCCCCGGGAGGGGGGCGGGGACGCCCAACUUGGGGCGCGGCGCAGCCCCGCUCUCCCGAGAUCGCAGAGCCCGGGAGCGCCACGGCCGCAGCCAGACGGCGGGAGCGGAGCACGGAGACAGGAGGCGGCCGGCGGCUCCCGAGCUGCUGCCCCGGCCUCGGCAAGAGCGCGAAUUAUUUUCAAAGGACUCAAACUUUCCUCCUUCCCCUGCUGGCUGCGGUCCCUCUUGCUUUGGAAUCGUUCUCCGGAUUCCCGCGGGGGCGCCGGGACGCGAUCGCCUCCCUCGGAUUCCUCGGCGGCGGCUCAGCCAACUUCGUGGACCCGGGGACCCGGAGUGCUCGCCCCGGGGCCGAAUCCGGUCCUCGCUGCUCCCGCUCUCGACAAGACCGGGACCCCGGGCGCCCCAGCCUCCGGAAAGGGCGCCUAGCCCCGCUCCCGUGGGUCUGGCUGCCGAGCCCUCCGCACCCACUGCAGGACUGGAGCCAGCGGGUUAACCUCCCGGCCUGGCUCCACCGAGGGGCGUCCCCUGGGCGGGGAACGACAAGUUUGUCAGGCAUCGGUGGCCUGUUGGAUCCGAGCGCGGCCGCCGCAGCAGAGAGGUCCCCCGCGCUCAGCACCCUCGGCAGACAGCCCUGGGGACCCGGGGCUGCUAGGUGGCCGAGCUUUCAGGACCAGGGAGCUGGCUGCUGCGCCCGGUGCGCAGAGGCACCAGGGUCUGGGCCAGCGCCCCCAGCGUCCCCACCCGGGCAGCCGCCCUGUGGGAAGAGGACAGAGCCCAGUUGCCUCCUGCUCAGACUCCUGCUCUCGGUCGCUGCGCUCUCUGUCGCGUCUCAGGGAAAAGGAGGGAAGGCAGAGGGCAUCGCGGUGCCCCGGCGGAUGCGCCCCCCCGCCGCCUUUCAGGCUGCGCCGCCUCGCGGGGAUGAAGCACUGGCCGUGAAGAUGGAGGUGACCUGCCUUCUACUUCUGGCGCUGAUCCCCUUCCAGUGUCGGGGACAAGGAGUCUACGCCCCAGCCCAGGCCCAGAUCGUGCACGCAGGGCAGGCCUGUGUGGUGAAGGAGGAUAACAUCAGUGAGCGGGUCUACACCAUCCGGGAGAGCGACACCCUGGUGCUGCAGUGCCUAGUCACCGGGCACCCCCGGCCCCAGGUGCGGUGGACCAAGACUGCUGGCAGCGCCUCUGACAAGUUCCAGGAGACGUCCGUGUUCAACGAGACGCUGCGGAUCGAGCGCAUUGCCCGCACGCAGGGCGGCCGCUACUACUGCAAGGCGGAGAACGGGGUGGGAGUGCCGGCCAUCAAGUCCAUCCGCGUGGAUGUGCAGUACUUGGAUGAGCCCGUGCUGACGGUACACCAGACAGUGAGCGACGUCCGAGGCAACUUCUACCAGGAGAAGACGGUGUUCCUACGCUGCACCGUCAGCUCCAACCCACCCGCCCGCUUCAUCUGGAAGAGGGGCUCCGACACCCUCUCCCACAGCCAGGACAAUGGGGUUGACAUCUACGAGCCUCUCUACACCCAGGGGGAAACAAAGGUCUUGAAGCUGAAGAACCUGCGGCCCCAAGACUACGCCAGCUACACCUGCCAGGUGUCCGUGCGUAACGUGUGUGGCAUCCCCGAUAAGGCCAUCACCUUCCGGCUCACCAACACCACAGCACCGCCAGCCUUGAAGCUGUCUGUGAACGAAACUCUGGUGGUGAACCCCGGGGAGAACGUGACAGUGCGGUGUCUACUGACGGGCGGCGACCCUCUGCCCCAGCUGCACUGGUCCCACGGACCCGGCCCGCUGCCCCUGGGUGCUCUGGCUCAGGGUGGGACCCUCAGCAUCCCUUCGGUGCAGGCCCGGGACUCUGGCUACUACAACUGUACAGCCACCAACAACGUAGGCAACCCAGCCAAGAAGACGGUCAACCUGCUGGUGCGAUCCUUGAAGAAUGCCACAUUCCAGAUCACCCCCGACGUGAUCAAAGAGAGCGAGAACAUUCAACUCGGCCAGGACCUGAAGCUUUCAUGCCACGUGGAUGCGGUGCCCCAGGAGAAGGUGGCCUACCAGUGGUUCAAAAACGGAAAGCCGGCACGCAUGUCCAAGCGGCUGUUGGUGACCCGCAAUGACCCUGAGCUGCCCGCCGUCACCAGCAGCCUGGAGCUCAUCGACCUGCACUUCAGUGACUAUGGCACUUAUUUGUGCUUGGCUUCUUUCCCGGGAUCACCGGUGCCUGACCUCAGCGUUGAGGUCAACAUCUCCUCCGAGACAGUGCCGCCCACCAUCAGUGUGCCCAAGGGCCGCUCCGUGGUGACGGUGCGCGAGGGCUCUCCUGCCGAGCUCCAGUGUGAAGUGCGCGGCAAGCCCCGGCCGCCGGUGCUGUGGUCUCGCGUGGACAAGGAGGCCGCCCUGCUGCCCUCAGGGCUGGCCCUGGAAGAGACUCCGGAUGGGAAGCUGCGGCUGGAGCGCGUGAGCCGCGACAUGAGCGGCACCUACCGCUGCCAGACGGCUCGCUACAAUGGCUUCAACGUACGAUCCCGGGAGGCUCAGGUGCAGCUGACGGUGCACUUCCCGCCAGAGGUGGAGCCCAGUUCCCAGGACGUGCGCCAGGCGCUGGGCCGGCCGGUGCUCCUGCGCUGCUCGCUCCUGCGCGGCAGCCCCCAGCGCAUCGCCUCGGCCGUGUGGCGCUUCAAAGGACAGCUGCUGCCCCCGCCGCCUGUCGUCCCCGCCGCCGCCGCCGCCGCCGCCGAGGCCACCGAUCACGCCGAGCUGCGCCUGGACGCCCUGACCCGUGACAGCAGCGGCAGCUACGAGUGCAGCGUCUCCAACGACGUGGGCUCAGCUACCUGCCUCUUCCAGGUCUCCGCCAAAGCCUACAGCCCGGAGUUUUACUUCGACACCCCCAACCCCACCCGCAGCCACAAGCUGUCCAAGAACUACUCCUAUGUGCUACAGUGGACGCAGAGGGAGCCGGACGCCGUGGACCCCGUGCUCAACUACAGACUCAGCAUCCGCCAGUUGAACCAGCACAAUGCCAUGGUCAAGGCCAUCCCUGUGCGGCGUGUGGAGAAGGGGCAGCUGCUGGAGUACAUCCUGACUGACCUUCGUGUGCCCCACAGCUAUGAGAUCCGCCUCACACCCUACACCACCUUUGGGGCUGGAGACAUGGCGUCCCGAAUCAUCCACUACACAGAGCCCAUCAACUCGCCCAACCUAUCAGACAACACCUGUCACUUCGAGGAUGAGAAGAUCUGUGGUUACACCCAGGAUCUGACAGACAACUUUGACUGGACUCGGCAGAAUGCUCUUACCCAGAAUCCCAAGCGUUCUCCUAAUACUGGCCCCCCUACUGAUAUCAGUGGCACCCCUGAAGGCUAUUACAUGUUCAUUGAGACGUCCAGGCCCCGGGAGCUGGGGGACCGUGCCCGGUUGGUGAGUCCCCUGUACAAUGCCAGCGCCAAGUUCUACUGCGUCUCUUUCUUCUACCACAUGUAUGGGAAACACAUCGGUUCCCUCAACCUUCUGGUGCGGUCCAGGAACAAAGGCACACUAGAUACACACGCCUGGUCCCUCAGUGGCAAUAAGGGCAAUGUGUGGCAGCAGGCCCAUGUGCCCAUCAACCCCAGUGGGCCCUUCCAGAUUAUUUUUGAGGGGGUUCGAGGCUCGGGCUACCUGGGGGAUAUUGCCAUAGAUGAUGUCACACUGAAGAAGGGAGAAUGUCCCCGGAGGCAGAUGGAUCCCAACAAAGUGGUGGUGAUGCCCGGCAGCGGAGCCCCCAGCCUGUCCAGCCGGCAGCUCUGGGGAUCCAUGGCCAUCUUCCUCUUGGCCUUGCAGAGAUGAUGAGAGCUGUGUGGCCCCCUACCCCACCCCGCCCCCGGAACACCAAAGUGUCCACAUCGUACCAAAGACUGACCCCCUGCCAGCCGGGGUGCCCAGGGGCGGGGCCGGCCCGCCAGGGAGGGGGCCUUCAUUGGCUGCAAGGAUGAACGGAGAACACGGACAGAGGCCAGGCCAGGCUCUGAUGGUUGUUCAACACACGCACACACACACACUCACACACACACACACUCACACACACAGAUCUAUUAAAGCACAAGUUUCUAUCCGACCUGCCAGCACCUUCUUUACUCUGGAGACAAGGGACGGACCUGGACGGCGUCUGACACCUCCGAGGACCUUGGUGCGACGCUGGCCUCGUCUGGACUGCACUGCACUGUUUCUGACCUUGCCCUGUCCCCUGACUGACUCAAGGUCGAACUCCAGCCCAGAGGCUUGCCAGAAGGGAGCCGGAUGUGGGCACACACAUCAGACUUGUGCUGCUCGGAUGGAGGUCGCAGGGGUCAGAGGCAGGCCAGGUGGGACCUCUCUGAGAAAGGAAGGGGCACCUGCUGCAUGCAGGCAACUGUCCCCAGAGUGUGGAGACAGGCUGGAUGGUUGAGGUACCAGUCAACUCAGAUCAACCUGUCCCUGAGAUGUCACACUCCCCUCCCCACUGUGCCCACUUGGAAGGGACCCAGCACAGGACUUAGGGUAUGUGCAGUGUGAGGACUGCACCUCCCAUCCUGCCCCACUCCAGAGAGUCCCAGCUUGGGACUUCUGGAGAAACUGGUGGUGUGAGGAGUGUCCACGCCAUGCUCCCUGGUAGGGCUUGGCUUUGAGAGGAUCACAGAGUCUUCCCCUCCCCUCCUGCCUCUGUGAUUCCAUGUUCCCACAGAGAACCAUGAACUCAUGAGUGGAGUGGACCCCCUGUUUCUUAGGUAUUUAGUCUGACAGGGAGUUCUGGAAGGAGGGGGCCAUGGAGGAUAGGACACUGUCUAGUCAGCUCUGGAGCUCUGGGGUGAUGGAUGGAGAUGGCUGUGUCUUCUUAUUCCCUGGGAGCUGGGAAGAGCUUUGUCCUUGGAGCUUGAAAUUGAUGGGAUAGGAUCUAGAAUUUUCCUCUUUGUUCCUCUUUACCCCCUGCCCAGCUUCCAUGGGAGAGCAGAAUCCUAGCCCCUUCUUGAAUGAGUCUAUAUACGCGCGUGUGAUGUGUCUGUGUAUCAGUGUCCACGUGUGUCUGUGUGUCUCUGAGUGUGUAAGAGUGUGUGUGCCCAUCUGUGUCCGUGUGCCGCUGUGCACAUCCCUGGACGGGAGUGUACAGGAGUAUGAGGUUGAGCAUAAUAAGCCCAGUCCCCUCGGGUGACUGUCAGUGUGCAUUUUCACCUUAGUGACAUGGUACGUUUGUGGGGUGCUGGCCUUAUUUACAGUCUUAGACUGCCUGCUGCAGCCUAAAUCUUUCCUCUCCUGUGGAUGACAAAGAACUUAGAGAUGACCCUAGUGAAGGCUAGCCCCUUGGCCGGGGGUGCGGUACAGGGCUCUCCCCUGUGAAUUUUGGGGGGACAGCCGCAGAGAAGAGGCUGGGACCCCAGCAGCACCACAGCACCAGGAGGUACCGUGAGGAUCAGGAUCCUUGCUGCCCAGCCCCCAACUCCACCUGGCCUACGUCAUCAUCGUCAUCAUCCUCCUCCUCAUUAUCACGGGCUGCUGGGUAGUCAGGCCAGGCUACAGCGGGACCUUCUGGUACCCAACCAGCGUGGCUGCCUUCCUGGCCCUUUGGAGGCCUCUGUCUGAAGUGAGUUUCUCUGGUCUCCAGGACACGCUUCCGUGGCAUCUGCAGGUAUUGCUCCUUAACUGUCCCAUCUGUGAGGAGUCUGUUGCCCCAGCUAGACUGCGAGCCCCUCCCCCUGUGAGCCCCUCCUAAAUUCUUGCUGGUGUAAGGGAGACUAAGGUGGGAACCAGGUGGAACGGAUUCCAUAAGCCAACGGUCCCUGGCCCUGAACCGACUAUAGAACCGACUCUCCAGGGGUCUUUUAAAAGUACCAAGGCAGCCGGGCGGUGGUGGCGCACGCCUUUAAUCCCAGCACUCGGGAGGCAGAGCCAGGCGGAUCUCUGUGAGUUCAAGGCCAGCCUGGGCUACCAAGUGAGUUCCAGGAAAAGGCACAAAGCUACACAGAGAAACCCUGUCUCGAAAAACCAAAAAAAAAAAAAAAGUACCAAUGCUUGGGCCUCAGCCCGGGGGUGAGGGUGAGAUUUAAUGGUGUGGGAAUGCAGCCUGGCAGUAGAAACACUGAGAAGUCUCUUAGGACUCCCCAAGAGGGGAAGCUCGCAUCCUCUCAACUCCAGGGCCCCUGGGCCAGUGCCAUGCUGGAGAAAGAGCUCCACUUCUUCCUCCUUAGGGUUCCCACCCCACCCUAAACCUGCUCCCCCACAUCUGUCCAUUGUCCUGACUGUUCUGUUAUGGUAACUCUGUAUCUCAGAGCCAGACACAGGAAAGGUUCACAGUAUGCAUUGGUCCCAUCCAUAUUCCAGAAUCUUCCCUGUGGUGAGAGCAGCCAUGCCUGAGGAGGUGUGGCCUGAGAUCACAAAGCCUGUCUGCUAAGAAGCCUACCCUUGUGUGUGAGUGUGUAAGGCUGGGGUGUGCACGUCUAUGUGAGGCCGUGGUGUGCAGGAGCUGUGAUGUCAAUGUGCGUGUGUACUGGAAGCACUUAGAUGUGUGUAGGGCUGAGAACCUAAUUAUAGCUGUAGGGUAGGAACUGUGUGCACACGGAUGCCUGUGAUUCAGCAUUCCUGUAUGUAUCCCUUGUGGGUCAGUGUUGGGACAGGUGACCUGUGAACACCCCAGUCCCGGGAGACCAGGCUGACGGGAUCUAGCGUAUCUCUUCAGUGGCAGCCUCACCCUCUGUGUUGAGGGAACUGAGGAAAAUUGUGGCCUUAAAACAGGGAUCCCAGAGCCAACUCUCAGGGUUCUGGGGCCCUUUUACCCCUGGCCCCUGCAGGUUAGUGUCUGGGGGGGAGAAAGGGAUUCUUGGGACCAGGUACUGAAUAGCAACCGCAGUCUCAGCUUGACUGUGCUGCUGCUGGGACCGCAGGGAAGCUCCCGGGGUUGCGUCAUUCAUCUGAAAAGCAAGCCUGCUCCUCCUGGCACAUUCCUCCCAUCACCCCCCUCCCCUUUCCCAGUCACUGUCUUUCUCCUGUUCUGUGGAAGUACCUGUUCAGGCUAGCAGAGCCAGGAUGAGUCUUAGACAUGCCGGCCUCUCAUGGCGCAGAUGCAGAAGCUGGAACGGAGAGGGGCGGGGCCGGUUCAAGCCUUGGAAGUCUAGCUACAGCCCUGGGGGCACCGUGCCAUGGCCGCUGCUCCUGGGAACCGCUCACCUGACUGAAUAGCCACAGGCGGCUGAGCGGAACUGACCCUUCUCGGGGCGCCAUCGAUGCUGCUGGGCCUGUCACACACGUGACAGGUGUCACGAGGAUUUUUUUGAGAGAGAAACCGUCUCCCUGUCCUAUUCUGGCCUCUUCUCCCAGGCCACAGUCACUCCAAGCCCGUGGACAGCACGCUGCCAUUCUCUGUCAACACUGGUGGCUGCAGCCACUGCUCCUCCUCCAGGCUCCAGACAGAGGAGACUUUGUUUCCCCACUGCUGUCUGCACAGGAGGCUGGGCUGGGAACCAAGGCUAGCAGAUGCUGGUGUCCUCAUCCUCCUGACAUCCUCCCCAGGACCAGAAAGGCUGCAGAGGACGUGCAGUGUCCUUGGGUUUUCCUCUGCAUGGACAGCUCCAUGGGGCUGGUGGGGGGUGGGGAGGGGGUGCCCAGGGAAUGUCCUAGGAGUGUGAUGAGUGAACCUGUGCUUGAGAGUUCCCACAGGCCAUUGGCUGAGCUCAGAUUCUGGCUGCCUUCUGUUCUGUCAGUGCUGUGUGUGUGCAUGUGUGCGUGUGUGUGUGUGUGUGUGUGUGUGUGUGUGUGGUGUGUAUGGGCAGAAGGACCACUCUUUUCUGGAGACCUCUUGACCCUUAGCACUGGAAGGGACCUUAGAGGCAUCUAACCCGGUGUGCCCAUUGUACAGGUGAGAAAGCUGAGGUUCAGAGAGAAGGCACCACCUGCCUAUCCCCAUCCCUCUCCCUUCCAUGUGUGGCCAGCCUUCAUUGCCCAGGGGCCCUGUUAGAAAUGCUCUCCCUCCUAGCACCUUCUUGCUCUCCAUCCAGACACCCCCAUUCCCCACCCCCAUCUCAGCCCAGUUGGACAGGAGGGGGACGGCUCCAGGGCAUCCCCAAGCACCACCACUCCCUGCCCCAGGGCAGCCUGCUCAUCAAGUCCUUAUCCCCAGCCCAUAAGGGACAGGAAAGAGGGGACUGUUCCAGCCCUGGGGCCUCAUAGAUGGGAGGAAAGCCAACCCCUCCCUAUAUGCCCGGGCCCAUAUGUCUGCCCCGCCUACCCUGCUACUGAGGUAAAAGCACAACAGGAGACCCCCACUCACGGGUGACAUGCCUUGGGGUCGUCUUGGGUCUCACGACCUUGCCUCACCCCUUCGCCUUGUUCUCUGUCUCCACCCAGCCUCUGUUCCCCCCAUUGCCCACCUUUCUCUCUCCCAUGAACCCCAAAAUGUAACCUCUAGCUGCGGCCGCGGUUGUUUCAAUCAAUAAAGAUGCAGUGUUCUAGAA